ACUGCGCCAGGGUGGGGCUGGGCCUCCUCUGCUCCCGAAAACCUCGCGAGGCUUGGGACAGCGUUCUUUCGGAGGGUGUCGCCGGGGUCGGAUGCCGGGAUGGCGUCCGGAGCGGCUCGCUGGCUGCUGUUAGUACCUGUCCGAUCUGGGGUUCUCCGGAGCAGACCGAGCUUGAAGAAAGAUGGAGAUAUCUCUGCCGUUCGGGGUAGCUCAGGGCGGAGCCUGGUACCGUCGAGGUCAGUCAUCGUUACUCGCAGCGGCGCCAUUUUGCCCAAGCCGGUGAAAAUGUCCUUCGGCCUUCUCCGUGUGUUCUCCAUUGUGAUUCCCUUUCUCUAUGUUGGGACGCUCAUUAGUAAGAACUUUGCCGCUCUACUUGAGGAGCAUGACAUUUUUGUCCCAGAGGAUGAUGACGAUGAUGAUUAACAGGUCAUGGAGGAAGUACAGGAAAGAGAAAGCCCUAACGGAAUCAAGAAAUGGUGAUGCUUACAGCCUCUCCUCCUUGCCUAUCAGCAAAAGGGUCUAGGGAAAGCUCUCAGCCUCUCAACUCCAGUGAAGCCUUCUGCAUGGUCCACGAUCGCAGCCCCACUGACCCAGACUCUGGGACGUUCCCUGAGAUGUGCUGUCCACUGAGCAUAAUCAGAUGAUGAAUAAACAUCAGCUGUGUAUGACUGAGUGAUGGCUGGAUUUUCUCAAUAUGAGUAAAGCUCUAACUGUUGCAGUUUCUUAUCUGCUGUUUGUUCGCUAAUAGGCCUUUGCUUUACAAACCAGGAUCUCCAGGUCCUUAUGGAUCCAUAAUUAUGGGGGCCUGGGACUUAUUUCAUUAUUUACAAAAGCCCAACAGAAACAGUCUGUUUUCCUGCAAUAAAGCUGCACAGGCUUACUAAACCCUCACUU